CUCACUUUCCAUUCAUUCAUGAAUUCAAUUCCAAACACUCCUCAUCAUCAGCAGCCAUGGAAUUCACCAUUCCAAAUUGCAAAACCCAAUUUGAUAUCAAUCAAAUCCAUGCUAAUUUACUCACAACAGGAUUCAUCAAAAACCAUAGUCUCACAACUAAACUAAUCCUCAAAUUUUCAUCUUCACAACACACUCCUUUAGUCCAAUUUGCUCGCCAUAUUUUCUUUGCCCGCCAUUCGGUUUUUCGAAAAACAAACGAUAACCCGUUUCUUUGGAACGCUGUUAUCAAAACAUUCUCACAUUCUGUUAAUGAAGAUGAGAUAAAACAAGCUGUUUUUGUACUGGGUUUGAUGGUUGAGAACAAUGUUUGUGUUGACAAGUUUACGGUUUCUUUGGUUUUAAAAGCGUGUUCGCGAAUUGGGUUUGUUAGACAAGGAAUGCAGGUUCAUGGGUUUUUGAUAAAGAUUGGAUUUUUGAGUGAUUUGUAUUUGGGAAAUUGUUUGGUUUCUAUGUAUGUGAAAUGUGGGCUUGUUGAGUUUGCACGCCAAGUGUUUGAUAGAAUGUCUAAGAGGGAUUCGGUUAGUUUUAACGCGAUGAUUGAUGGGUAUGUAAAGUUUGGGAAGGUUGAGCUUGGUCGUGAGUUGUUUGAUUCGAUGACGUUGGAAAUGAGGAAUUUGAGGUCUUGGAAUUGUAUGAUUAGCGGUUAUGGAGGUCUGGAAGACGGGUUUUUGAUGGCUUGGGAUUUGUUUGAGGAAAUGCCGGAGAGAGACUUGGUUUCGUGGAAUUUGAUGAUUGGUUGUUGUGUUAAGAGCGGGAGGAUUGAUUUGGCCAGAGUACUUUUUGAUAGGAUGCCGAAAAGAGAUGUUAUUAGCUGGGCUAAGUUGAUUGAUGGGUAUGCAAAGUUGGGGAAUAUUGAGAUUGCUAGACGUUUAUUUGAUGCAAUGCCUGAAAGAGAUGUAGUUUCGUGUAAUGUGAUGAUGGCUGGUUAUAUGAAGAACGGGGUUUGUUUUGAAGCAUUACAAGUCUUUCGUAAUAUGAUUAGUGAGGGCAAUCUUGCUCCUGAUGAUACUACUUUAUCGAUUGCUCUUUCUGCAAUUGCUCAAUCAGGACACCAUGAUGAAGGUGUUUCGGUACAUUUUUAUAUAAAAGAAAAUGGGCAUAAGUUGGAUGGAAAACUUGGGGUUUCGCUUGUAGACAUGUAUGCAAAGUCAGGCAACAUAGAAACCGCUAUGCGUGUUUUCAAGGGCAUACAACAGAAAAAUGUCGAUCACUGGAAUGCCAUGAUUGGUGGUUUAGCUAUCCAUGGGUUUGGCAAACAGGCUUUUGAUAUGUUUCUUAGAAUGAAAAAACUUGAUGUAAAACCAGAUGCAAUCACAUUUGUCAACGUCCUUAAUGCUUGUGCCCAUUCGGGAAUGGUAAAGGAAGGUGUUAUGUGUUUUGAAAUCAUGACAAGACUCCACAUGGUAGAGCCGGAAGUCCAACAUUUUGGUUGCCUCGUUGACAUGUUUGCCCGUGCAGGGCAGAUCAACGAGGCCACGCGCAUCAUUGAACAAAUGCCUAUUGAGCCGAAUGAGAUUCUGUGGCGUACUCUGCUCAAUGCGUGUAUUAACCAUGAAAACAGCAUAGAUACACAGAUGGACGAGGAUACAAUCAAAAUGGAUUAUUAUGAUCCGGGCACGUAUGUGCUGUUAUCUAACAUGUAUGCUCGUUUUGGCAUGUGGGAUCGUGUUAGGAGGGUGAGGGGGGUGAUGAAAAAACAAAGAAUCAAGAAAGUUCCGGGGCAUAGUUGGAUAGAACUUGAUGGUACCUUUCAUGAAUUCUUUGUAGGAGAUGGAUCUCAUCCUCAAGUUGCAGAGAUUUAUUCUGUGCUGGACAAUUGGUCUCCUCUUGAAUCUCGAGUUAAAUCUUUCAAGUUACAUACUAAACUAGAACUUGGUUUGUUUCAAGUGGGUAGCCAGAUAUGAGUAGCUAGUUUUGUCUUCCUGUAUAUCUAGGAAUGUAUAAAGAAAGGAUAAUAUGAUAACCAAUCUUCCAGUUUAAA